CUGUGUGCAUCGAACCGUAACUCAUUUUGCACAAAUGCACAUAAGCCGCAGGCGAACCCGGAGCCGAUCACGGCGCCGAUCCCGCUCGAGAAGCCGACGGCGCUCCAAAAGCCCACGCAGGAGACACACCCACUCCAGAGACAGGGGCAGGCGAACCCGGAGCAGAUCCCGGUGGGUCAGCCGCUCAGAGGCCUCACGUCCAGCGUCUUCUCAGACGAGCCGUUAGACAACUUGCGAGAUGGUCUGCGUCUUUUAUUUCUUUCCAGGGAGAGGAAGAAGGAAGAAGCAGCGAGACGAAAAUCCAAAACGCCGCCCAAAAGUUACAGCACCACCAGGAGGUCACGUAGUGCAACCCGACGACACAGGAGAAGUCGCACCGCCAGCCGAUCCCCCAAGAAGUCUCCUAAAAGGAAACCCUCCCCAUCCCCCUCUCCACGCAGACACAAGAAGGAAAAGAAGCGGGAUAAAGAAAGGGAGAGAGAUCGCAGGAGCGAUAAAGAGCGCAUCCGGGAGGAGCGAGAGCGCUCCACCAGCAAGAAGAAGAAGAGUAAAGACAAAGAACGAGAGCGUGAAAGGAAGUCAGACGGAGAGAAAGGAGAUGUUAAGAUCACCAGAGAUUAUGAUGAAGAAGAACAAGGCUAUGAUAGCGAGAAGGAGAGGGGCAGAAAGGAUUCAGACGACUCUGCUUUGUCUCCUCAGUCUUUGGAAGGUAACGGCACGGCGCGGCUCGUGAAGCAGGCCAAAGUUAACGGGGCCGACGACCAUCAUGAAGAGGACAUGGAUGUCAGCGACUGA